GUUAUUAUCUUAUUUUGCACUGUCAUAGCAAGCUUCCUUAACUUUUCUUUCAAAAUGUCAAACAUCGAGGUCUCCUCCUUUGCCUUUGAGGGAAAAUUUCGUGAAGUCAAGGGCAGACUAGAUGCAGAAAUAAACCUGUUAACGAAGAAAGACCAGGACGAGCGAAUCCCUUUGCACUGGGCAGCAUCUGGUGGACACUCAGAGAUCGUUUCGUAUCUUCUUAAGCUUAGGUCACCCGUAGAUGAACGAGACGACUGUGGUUGGACUCCUCUGAUGAUUGCAUCAUCUGCUGGACGAGACGAUAUUGUUGCCCAGCUUAUUGCACACGAUGCUGAUGUUAAUGCAUCAAACCAGAAUGGCCAGACAAGCCUCCAUUAUGCUGCUUCUAAAAACAGAUAUGAGAUUGCUGAUAUUUUACUACGGCAUGGAGCCACUGUCAAUGCCCAGGAUAAAACAGGUCUUGCUUCACCAUUACACAGAGCAGCAUCCAGAGGUCAUUUAAAAUUAGUGAAGCUCUUACUAGAUUACAAAGCUGACUGCAAUGCCCAAGACAUAGAAGGGAAUACUCCACUGCAUAUGGCAUGUGAAGAGGAGAGAUCUGAGGUGGCUGUCAUACUUGUCGAGCAUGGGGCAGAUAUAUCCAUUAAAAAUAAGGAGUUGUGACAACGAAAAUCUCUCCCUGAAAUAUGUGGGCCUCCUGUGUUUCUUGAACUCGGCUGGGCCGGGGUUUUCCGCGAAGCGCACUGUCCGCGUAGGGCCUGGUGCUGACUUUCUCAAGCCGGAAGAAGAAGUGGGAAAAGUCAUAGAGUGCUACAAAAUC